UAUAAAUCAGUAGAAGGAUAUAAAUAGUUAUUAUUAAUAGUUAUUAUAUCGUUAUAUAUAGUAAGGGCCCACUAUACAUGAGCAAUAUGUACCAAGUCCCCUUGCGUAAGAUGAAAUUUGUGUAAAAUAGGGAACCUCUAUAAACCUAUAAAUUUCUUAUAUGCACAUACUUGUCAUACAUUUCUUCUCAUAAAGGCAAAGAAAGACUAAACAUAAUGUUCAAUAGUCAAUAAUAAUCAAUUCAUAACCAUACAGAAUGGUAUAAAAUGUACUAAUCUCUCUCUUUUUCUCUCUCUCCCCCCCUUCAGACUUUUGACAAACCACACAUAAAUAGUCCAAAAAUAGUUUAAGUUCAUGAUUCCUGAUAUUUCCGCAUUUCGCUCUCAACAUCUUAUAUUUUGCAGUAGUUGUUAUAAUUGUACUUGUAUCCCCAUCAAAGAUGUAACUCACAGAAUUGAAGCCUAACCUUCGCCUCCACAAUACUGCCUCAACUCAGCGGGGAAUAUUCACUUUACUUCCCCAAGCUUUCUCUGGUACAGUAGGCAAAGGUCUCGCCAUUUAACCUAGUGGAACGAGUAUGGCCUAGAACAUUGGCAUUUAAGUUCAAGGGUUGCAAGGUGAUGUCAGCAAAACAGAGUCAUUGGGUUGGUGGCCAGUGAACCUGAGCUUGACCUGACGUUCACAGGAAACAGAAGGCAGAACAUCGCAGUAGCUGGACAUCACAUGAGGGUCUGUGGUUGAUCUCCUGUGGCCUUCUUCCACUGAUUCUUCCAUACAUUGGAUUAGGCCAGUGUAGCUGCUCUUAAUAAGAAAGAGAAUACUUCACACUGAUCUUUCCCUAUCAGGUAGUAUGUUGCCCAAGCAAAGCAAAAUAAAUGUAAUUAGAAUGUUUGUAAUGCAGUUAGUAAUUUAACUAGAUGUCUAAGCUUUUUUAAAGACUUUUAUGUUUUCUAAUUUAAUUAGCUUUUUUAUUUCUAGUCAGUUUAGUAUUUUGUUCUAAUCUAUUCUGGUGUGUUUGUUCAUAGUCCUGCAAAAAUAAAUAAAUAAGAUACCAAAUCAUACUUCUGAGCUGAGGAUCUUAUUUAAGGAGGUUGCUGAGAGUUUGGACACUUGGUAAAGUUAAAGACCUAAAUAAUGGCCAGGAUUCUCAGAAACAGAAAAGGAGUCAGGAGGAGUGGCUUACCAUUGUGGAGGAGGAGCACUUUCCAAACGUCACCCCCACCUCCAUAAAGAGAGAGAAACCCAGAGAAAGAGGCAGGUGGUAGACAGAGAGACUCCAGUCAACACAGUUACACAGUGAGAGAGUUAACCGUCGCCCAUGGUGAUGUCUUUGUCCCCUGUAUCGGGAAGUAAGGAGUCUGGCCUCAGAGGUGCUGCUCUUCUUGGGAAGACUUCAUCCUCCAUCAUGAACGACAUAAAAAAUGUCACGGUACCAUGUUUGGACAUAGAGUAUCUCCUGUCAGCGAAGGUCAAACUCCGUCAGGAAGGACUGCUGGACUCCAGUCUGAAGACCAACCUGGAGUUUGCUAUCAACAGCAUGGAGGCCUUCCCUGCAGCGAAGCGCCGCAACGUCUCCCUCACAUUGGAGGGGGAGAGGCAACUGGUGCGUUUCAUGGCCGGGACACCCGUCCUGCUCUACACCGUUCACCUGGGCCCCAAAGGGCCGGAGUUCCACCAGCGAGUGCAGGUGGGGGCUCAUCUCACAGCCUCAUGCCUGAACGAGGGCCACUUUGCCGGGCAUCGCUGCAAAGACGAGCUGGAGGGUUGCCUGGAGCAGGCCAGGCGCACCCUGAGCGCCGAGGCCGAGUCCAAUCCUUCGGGCCUGGGUGAGCUCGAGCUAAGGAUCGUGUGUGGGGAGCUACACCUCACCUACAGCACCCAGCAGCCCCAGCACAGCCUGAUCAUCUGCCCACGGCGCCGGGUCUACCUGGGCAAGGCCCUGAACCUGGAGAGGCUCCUGGAAGUGAAGACCUACCUGGAGCAGACGGGAGCCAUGGGCAAAGGCCUUCUGAUUUGCUUCCAGCACCUGCUGCUCCACUUCGGGCAGUACCAGGAGGAGAACAGCCGCGUGGUGCUCCAGAGCGAUGGGGAGAUGGUGGAGUUGCUCAGUGGUAGUCCCGACUACCACAGCACCCAGCACUACAUCUUCACGGAUGGCCAGAACCAGGCCCACAGCCACAGGGUGCAGGACAUGGACCUGUGGGAGUAUGACUAAGGCUACUGGCUGAAGGGGGCGGAGACUACUGACAGUUUAAGGAGGCGGAGACACCUAAGGCUUAAGGAGGCGGAGACUUCUGAGGCCUUAAGGAGGUGGAGACUACUGAGGAUGGAAGCACUAAACUCUUCAUAAAUACUCAACUGUAUAUAACCACUAGCUUAUGUGGCCUGACAAGAAUCAGUAGGUGUUUGAUCCCUAACUGUCGAUGUAGGUAGGCAAACAAUGUGUAGAUCUCUAGGGAAAUGGAUACAGAAGUAAAUAUAUCUGGAUGAUUAACACAAGGUUACUUCCAAGAUGGAUAUUUAUUCACUCUAUAUAUGUAGCAUUAACAUAUUACUAAUGGCUAUUAAAUUGAAAGGGAUUUGAUGCAUAAUAUAAUACCUAAAUCUUUCCCUUUCUGUAGUAUGCUGUAUAACAUAUUUCCAGGUUUCUCUUAACUUGUAACUUCUGUAUAAUACCUUGGGAAUAUAUUAGAAGCAUUAAAGAAAAACAUACAAAAAAAAAAAAAAAAAAA